GCCCGGGCUCUCCAGGACCAGCCUGCGCUCCUGGCGCCCUCAUGUCUUCAACCGACUCCCUGCGCUGGUUGACGUGGUGUCUCCUUCGGAUUUCCAGGCAAGAUCUCAGCUCCGGCGGCAGCAUCAGCCCGGCCCAUCUCGUGCACCCAGGCGCUGCGCCCCGAGAAGGCGCAGAGCGCGGCCGCCGCCGCUGAGCCGCCCGCGGCGCCCAGGGCCCGCGCAGCCUGGUCACCCCCCACCCAAGGCAGCUGCAGCUGCUCCGACCUCGACUUCUGGGGGUGCGGGGGUCGGCGGGGGAACUGUCGCCAUCCUUCACCCUUCUCGCGGCGGAGGGGGCUGGAGCCUUGGCCGCCGCCUCCCGCGCGCCCUCGCAGCCCCGAGCGGCCCCAGGAUUGCGAACUCGUCGUGCCCUGAGCGGUGGGGCGGGGCUCCGCACUCCGGCCCUCGGCCCGGAUGGGUGUAUUGGCUGGGACUUGGGGCUCCUGGAGUUAAUGUCCAACUGGGGGUCUGCGGAGACCGGAUCCGAGGUGCCGCCGCCGGACGGGACUCUAAGAUGAAGUUAUGGGAUGUCGUGGCUGUCUGCCUGGUGCUGCUCCACGCCGCGUCCGCCUUCCCGCUGCCCGCCGGUAAGAGGCCUCCCGAGGCGCCCGCCGAAGACCGCUCCCUCGGCCGCCGCCGCCGCGCUCCCUUCGCGCUGAGCAGUGACUCAAAUAUGCCAGAGGAUUACCCUGAUCAAUUUGAUGACGUCAUGGAUUUUAUCCAAGCCACCAUUAAAAGACUGAAACGGACCCCGGACAAACAGAUGGCUGUGUUUCCGAGAAGGGAGCGAAACCGGCAGGCCGCGGCGGCCGGCCCGGACAACCCCAGGGGGAAAGGCCGGCGGGGCCAGAGGGGCAGGAACCGGGGCUGCGUCCUCACCGCCGUCCACCUGAACGUCACGGACUUGGGGCUGGGCUACGAAACCAAGGAGGAGCUGAUUUUCCGGUACUGCAGCGGCUCCUGCGAGGCCGCCGAGACGACUUACGACAAAAUAUUGAAGAACUUAUCCAAGAACAGAAGGCUGGCGAGUGACAAAGUGGGGCAGGCCUGUUGCAGACCCGUUGCCUUCGACGACGACCUGUCCUUUCUAGAUGAUAACCUGGUUUACCAUAUUCUAAGAAAGCAUUCCGCUAAAAGGUGUGGAUGUAUCUGACCCCCCGCUCCAGAGACUGCGGCGUAUUGCAUUCCUGCUACCGUGCAAAGAAGGGGACCAAGGUUCCCAGGAAACGUUCGCCCAGAUGGAAGAUGAGGACCAAGGUGCAGGAGGAGGAGGAGGAGGAGGAGGAGGAGGAAGGCAGCCAUUGGGGGAGCCUGGUACAGAGAGAUCCAGCUGCAGCAAACUGGAUAGGAGAGGGAGAAGACAGACGUCUGGACCCUCCCAGACGGCGGCCGAUGCCACAGAAGCUCAGGGCUGGGGUCCCUGGUUGGGUGUUGCCAUUGUUCCACCUGACACCGUCCACUGUCCACUGGCCACUGUCACCGGUCUCGGGCACAGUUGCGGAUGCACUUGAAACCAAACCAGUGUGUCUCCUGUGGUUUGUUCUCACGCGUCAGGGGACACCGGGAAAACGUGACGCCGGUGUCGUUCCCUGUCGUUACCUUUUACUGCUGAAAGCGAGAAAGGUUUAUUUUCCUGUCACUCCGUGGAGACCUGCCCCGGAAAGAAGGGGAGGAAAACAAGCAAAGACACAAGACGCAGUAACCUUGGACUCUGAAAGCGAAGGCCUGAGGUUUUACUACAGCCAGCGCGUUGUGAACGGCUGGCAGUUCAUUUUGAACUUGGUGUGUGGGGUGGGAAGAAGUCGGCUAGGAACCCAAACGGCUGUUCGCGUGACUGGAAACCAACCUGAAGGCAUGUCCCUUCUGGCCCUGGACACGGGAGACCAGUUGUGGUU